AUGGCCCCCAGCGCCAUCGAAGAUACUGGCCAUGAAGCUAUCAUUGUGCCGCCCCGCAAGACCCUUCUGCCCAUUCUCGACAAGCACGACGAGGCCGAGCUGAAGCGCAAGGCAGACAAGCAUCUCCUGUACUGCGGCUCCCAAUUCCACCCCGAUGUCAUCACCGCCUGCGAGGGCAUCUACCUCCACACAGCAUCCGGCCACCGCAUCCUCGACUGGACAUCCGGCCAAAUGUCCUGUCUGCUCGGCCACGGCCACCCAGAGAUUGUCGACGUGAUCACCAAGCACGCCAUGCACCUCGACCACCUCUUCUCCGGCAUGCUCUCGCCCCCCGUCAUCGCGCUCAGCGAGCGGCUGUGCUCGAACCUGCCCGACGGCCUCGACAAGGCCUUUUUUCUCUCCACCGGCGGCGAGAGCAAUGAGGCCGCCAUCAAGCUCGCCAAGGCUUACACAGGCAAGUUUGAAAUCGUCGGCCUCGGCGCCUCGUGGCAUGGCAUGACCGGCAACGCCAUCGGCGCCCAGUACCACUUUGGCCGCAAGGGUCACGGCCCCAUGGUGCCGGGCAUGCACAUGCUCCCCUCGCCCAACGCGUACCGCUCCGUCUUCCGCCGCCCGGACGGCUCCUACGACUGGGAGGCGGAGAUGGCGUACGGCUGGCGCAUGAUCGACAUGGCCUCCGUCGGCUCCCUCGCCGCCUGCAUCGUCGAGUGCAUCCAGAGCUCGGGCGGCAUGCUCGUCCUGCCCGACGGCUACCUAACCGCCGUCAAGCGCGAGUGUGAGAAGCGCGGCAUGCUCCUCAUUGUCGACGAGGCGCAGACCGGCAUCGGCCGCUGUGGCGAGAUGGUCUGCGUCAACCACGAGGGCGUCGUGCCGGACAUUCUCACCCUGUCCAAGACACUUGGUAAUGGUCUGCCCCUGAGCGCCGUGGUCACGAGCGCCGCCAUCGAGGAGGUUUGCAAGGCGCGCGACUUCUUCUUCUACACGACUCAUCUCAACGAUCCCCUCCCCGCCGCCGUGGGCGACAAGGUCCUCGAGAUCCUCCUCCGCGACGACCUCAUCGCCCAGGCCCGCCGGUCCGGCGCCCUCCUCCAGCAGGGUCUGCGCGGGCUCAUGCGCCGCUACGGCUGCAUCGGUGAUGUCCGUGGACGCGGUCUGCUCGCGGGCGUGGAGAUUGUCUCGGACAGGGAGGCCAAGACGCCCGCGCUCGAUGUGGCCAGGCGGAUCGGCGAGCGGGCGUACGAGCUCGGCGUCUGGGCUAACCUGAGCAGUCACCCGAGCUUUGGCGGCGUGUUUAGGAUCGCGCCCCCUAUCACAAUUACGGAGGACCAGCUGCGGGAGGGGCUGGGCAUGUUCGAGCAGGCGUUGCGGGAGACGGAGGGCAGCAUGCCUCUGUACUAG